AUGAGGCUGGAAUGUAUCGUGAUCCUGAUUACGAAGUUCAAGGGAAAUAAAACCAGAAAUCAGCUCUAUAAGAAGUGUAUGUUAUUGGGUAUUCGAGCCACUCUGAAUAUUUAUCAUUAUGGCGGAGUGCAAUCUAUCUCGCUGCGGGACCCGGCCGGCCGCUCUGAACGAUCGCUUCAUCUCCAGAUCAUGCCGUCGGGCAUCGCUCGACCAACGAAGAGACGGCACAAAUAUCCCUAUGAAAGAAACGACCAGGAGAACGAUCGAAGGAGAGUAACGGUUCAGAGACGAGGGAAUCUCGUAAAUUGCUUCGCGUAUGCAUCGCCGCGUAAUUUGAUAAAUUAUCUGCAGUUGCUCGGCUAA